AUGUAUUUCAACGAUUUGACGCGGAAUUCUUUUGAAAGUGACUCGAUCCUCGUUCUUUACCGCUCUUACCCAGGAGACCCUAGUUUACAAGAUUACCUCAAAACUGCCAUUCAAGAUGGAUUGCUUCCCCUUUCUACAUUUGUUUCCACCUUACUUCAAGCUGCUCGAUCUUCAGAUCUCCAUAUUCCGGUCACACUGGAUACAUUGUGUCAAAUUGCUUUAGACAUAUACUACUCUUCUGGCAAGCUACCCAUCGGCUCUAUUGUUCCACUCGACAAUUCUUUAUCAGACACUGUGAACACUCUUGUAGAUGCUAUUGCUUUGCUUCGAACGGCGCAUUCCCUCCCUAUUUCACACUUUCAUCGAGUUACGACGUCUGUGAAUAAUCUUGUUGGUCUUUUGAUGAUGUGUAUCCCUGAUUUUUCUGCAAUUCCACCUGACCAAGCCAUGCAUCUUCUUCGAGAGUCUAGCUUUGUAUCAUCUACAUCCCAGCUUAUACCGGAGGCACGAGAGACCCUUGACACAAUCGUUGUACGGCUAUCAUAUCUAAUUGACAGUGACAAAGUUUCCCGAGAUGCUCAGUUGAUGCAUACAGCACAACAUAGCAUGGCAAAGGGAGAUGUUCUGGGCCCAAAUUCAGAAAGCGAUAUGAUAUCUUUAGGACUGCUACUUAAUUACAUGGUUACGAACAGGGCUUAUCCCUUCGGCGCUGCAGAUGGACAGAACGCUGCGGCGUUACUCCUCUCAAACUUUCGCUGGUCGUCCUGGACGCCGACUGUUUUUUACACUCAGCUGUUGAUUUCGGCAUUUACUUGUCUAUCCCAAGCUGGUAGCAACACCGGGGUAUGGAAAGCCUUCCUUGUUGGACGCCUUCCUGAGCUUCUCGGUAUUUUUUCCCCCGAAAUUGUGAAAACUGAAAGCAUCGCUAAUGUGAAUCAGGAUGCCCCGCUUCUUGCAGGCUUGAAAGCACUGUUUCAAAGAUACGACAUCCUAGUUCCAGGUAACAAUUUAGCUAAGGAUAUCACAUCUGAGGCCCCCGAAGAUAACAGUACCCGGUCACUGUCGCGAGAAUUUCUGCAACAGCUCAUAAAAUACAAUUUGCUAUCACCGUCAGAGGCUGCUCAACUUGAUCCGAUGGUGUCUAACGAGCAACUGCCAAAAUGGCAUAUCGAAGCUCAUGACAUGGGCCUCGACGUCGCUGCAUACCUUGAAUUGAAGUUAUUGCAAGAUAGCGGGGCCGACAACGAUUCCCAAACAUGGGUAGAUAAGUUUGUCAAAGACGCUGCUAUUCACAGCGCAUUCUCCAAGCAUAUCUUCAUGAGGUUUGAGACCUCGGGAAAGUCUCUGGACGUUGACACUUUAGGUCCAUUGUGCAAGCUUUUACAUACACAUGAGAGCAUACUAGAUAUCGUUGCUCUUCAUCAGCCAAUAUCGGAUUUGAUCUUUCACUCGGCGGUCCUCGUUGAGGACUAUGACUGCGAAACAGUUGGUGAUCCUCAAACAGCUUUUGAUGCGAAAGAUAUGUCUAAAAACAACCGAACCAUUACUCUGGGAUAUCUCCUUCACGAUUGGGCGAUAAGAUUGAUAGACCGCCCUCAAGAAAUGCUCAGGGCUAUAUCAAACUGGUAUGGCAAUCUUUUUAACAAAGACAGCGAAGGAAUAGAGGACAGCAUGCUCCGAACAACAAAGCCCAAAACUCUGCUUCAAAUCACCCCUGGUUUGUUCACUUUUGUUACUACGAAAAAAGUUGAAAAGGAUGCUGUGAUGAAUGGAAUCUCGUAUUUCAACGGGCCGUUAUUAAACUGGACAUUAGUGGGUGCCAUCAAAGCUCUUGUAAAGGAAAUCCCCAUGAAAGGAACAGGGGCAACACUUCAUUACGAAAUCAUCCAGGCUUUAUUAUUGUCCCCUGCAUGCCCCAAAUGUGUCUUAGCCAUUUGCUCUCCGCAAAUCAAUACCAUCCUUCAAGACAAAAGAAGACCAAUCCAAGUCCCGAAAUCUUUUGAUAUAUCCGCGGUGCGAGUCACCCUCGCAAAUGCGAUUGGUUCUGCAGUCGAAGACUUUGCCAUUCCACCAAGCGGUUCCUUUUGGUACCCGCACGUACAACAAUCCCUUCAAAAAACCUUUUUCAUGGCACGGACCAAUAAAGCUCCCUAUUUGGACAUCAGAAGAUGCCUCAAUAUUGCCCCCCCAAUCAAGUUCUUGCAGCUUUUUUGGACUGAAUUACGAACGGCGGCUAAUCAAAGGGAACUUGAAGCUUGCAGACGUGUUGCAACAUUUGUGCUUGCUACACCACAAGGAAGAAGUAUACCACCACUGUUACCCAUAUUCUUGCAUGUUGUCCUUCCGACUUUGAUCGCCUCUGCCGAUAUGCAGCCUUCUGAACAAGAUAUGACGGUUGAUCUCAUGAUAGCAGUAGUCUCAUCCGCCCUCAACGCUACAUUGCAACUAGAGCUAUCUCAAAUAGCGAUGAAGGCAGAUGAUGAUGAGCCGCUGUUAGGCGAAUCAAGUACAGCUAUGGCUCGUCGAUUAGCUUUUGACCUGCGUGCUAGCCGAAGAAGUCAUGUUAGCAACACUAUCCUACACCGCUUAUCUUCAUCACCGGCGUUCGUGGGUAGCUUUUCAAUGUUCAAAAUCGAUGGGGCAUGA